GGGCGACUCGUUCUCUCACCGGAACGAAACCUUUCCCAAGAGGGGCAUCUCUCCUGGCCACCCCGAGGCUGAUCAAGUCACUCCCUGCUGCAAACUUCCCCGGAUCGUCUCCCGCGCACCGGAGAGAGCCAGGCAGAGAUUUGGUCGGGGACUCUCGCCGCGGCAGCAUGUUUCAGCCCACACCCAAGCGGUGUUUCACCAUCGAGUCGCUGGUGGCCAAAGACAGCCCCUUGCCCGCGUCUCGCUCCGAGGAUCCUAUCCGGCCGGCGGCGCUCAGCUAUGCCAAUUCCAGUCCGAUGAACCCUUUUCUCAACGGCUUCCACUCCACUGGCAGGGGGGUCUACUCCAACCCGGACUUGGUCUUUGCAGAGGCCGUCUCUCACCCGCCUAAUCCGGCCGUGCCGGUCCAUCCCGUGCCCCCUCCCCACGCCCUGGCCGCCCACCCGCUGCCCGCUUCGCACUCCACGCACCCGCUCUUCGCAUCGCAGCAAAGGGAUCCCUCUACCUUCUAUCCCUGGCUAAUACACCGCUACCGGUAUCUGGGCCACAGGUUCCAAGGGAAUGAAACCAGUCCGGAGAGCUUCCUAUUGCACAAUGCACUGGCCAGGAAACCCAAACGGAUCCGUACAGCUUUCUCCCCAUCCCAAUUACUGAGACUGGAACAUGCCUUUGAGAAGAACCAUUAUGUAGUAGGAGCAGAGAGAAAACAGCUGGCACACAGCCUCAGCCUCACGGAAACUCAGGUAAAAGUAUGGUUUCAGAACAGACGGACAAAAUUCAAGCGGCAAAAGUUGGAAGAGGAAGGUUCAGACUCACAACAGAAGAAAAAAGGGACUCAUCACAUUAACCGGUGGAGAAUCGCCACCAAACAAGCCAGUCCAGAGGAAAUCGACGUCACGUCGGACGAUUAAAAACUGGCACUUUUGGACUUUUGAAAGCCAGGCACCCCACCAACAGAAAGUGUUAAAGGCUCACAUCCCACCCACCUCGGAGUGGCGGUGCGGGGAAGGGACAAGGAGAUCUUCAUCAAAAAUGCGAUUCCCGCCUGGGAGGGCAGCUGGGAGCGAGCGAGAGCGAAAGGUCCGGACUGUGGCACUGCCGGCACCGCUCUGGCAAGGGGGGAUCUGUCAAUCAAAGCCAAAACACCGGGACGAGGUGAUUGACAGGUAUUCCGUUUCUCGCAGUCCCCUUUUAAAAGCGUAACGUUAAAAAAUCGUAAA